GAGAUCUUCUCGCAGUGAAUUAGAGAGAAUGGACACAGUUAACCAACUUCUCCAGGACGCCGUCAUCAGCAACACUAUUGCCGGAUGUGCUUGCGUGGCUAUUGAUAGAGAUGGUGUUUUCAAAUACGCAAACGCCGUAGGGGCCCGUUCUGCUACCAAGGCUCCCUUAGAGCCUAUUACCACCGAGUCAACUUUCUCCCUUAUCUCCUCUACGAAAAUCAUGACCGCAAUUGCGGCCCUCCAGCUCGUUGAGCGCGGCGCUCUAAGUCUCGAUCAGGACGUCUCGGCGCUGCUUCCGGAGCUAGCCAAUCAGCCCGUCCUUGCUGGACACCUCGACGCCCCAGUCCCCGUGCCGCGGCGUAAUCCGCUGCUCCUACGAUACCUCCUCACUCACAGUAUCGGCAUACCGUAUCCUGGCUUCGCAGAUGUGCCCGUGGGCUACGCCGUCGAGCAGUGGCGCGACCUAUCACGCUAUACUACGAUUGCCAAGCGCUUCGGACAUCCGCUGGCGUUCGAGCCGGGUGAGAGCUUCGGGUAUGGCGGCGCUAUGGACUGGGUGAGCAAGUUGGUUGAGCGCGUCUCGGGAGAGCCAUCGCUAGACCACUACAUGCGCAAGCAUAUCUGGGGACCGCUGGGGAUCCAGGGCAUUACUUUUUGGCCGAAUAAACAUCCGGAAAUCAAAUCCACUAUGGUGGAAACAGUACAGAGGACUGCCGAUGGCGGUUAUGGACCUAGUACCGCCAGGUCGAUAAAUCAGGGGAUUGAGGAGUGCUUCGGUGGACAAGGCGCUCAUGCUAACGUGGAUGACUUCCUGAAGAUCCUUCACUCGCUACUUGCCGACGAUGGUAAGCUCUUGAAGCCAAAAACUGUGGCUGAGAUGUUCAAACCGCAGCUCACAGCGCCGGCGAAGGAAGCACUGAACAAGAUGCUUCAUAACCCAGAAAAAGCAGCGAUGGUGCUAGGUGACUUCUCCAAACCCGCCGCUACUUAUGAUUGGAACUGUGGGGGUUUGAUAGCUACCAACGAUGGUAGUGGGAAAAGAGGAGCGACUACUUGGUAUAGUAUGCUCAAUUUCUACUGGUUUAUUGAUGUUGAGGCGGGGCUUUGCGGUGCAUUUGGUACUCAGUUGCUUCCGAUGGGCGACCGAAAGGUUAAUGACUUGAUAAUAGCCUGGAAGGAUGCAAUGUACGAAGGUUUAUCAAAGACCAAGGAAAAAAGCCAGUACCUCUAAUGGUUAUAUCAAGCGGUUCCAGCAUCGCCGGAUGAUAUUAACUUUUAGAGAGAGGCUAAAAGCGGAAAAGAACAACUCUCCGGUAGCAAACAAUUCACACGUAGAACAAUGCCAGUAGCGCU